UCAUAUUAAUAUUUUUCAGAGCAGUAGCUCAAUCAGAACUUGUCGGAAUUGUCGGUUACUUUUACACCUUUUUAAAGUAGUAGUCAAAAUUCCGAGUGUACAAAAUACCAUAGUUAAAUUUUAGUAAUUUUAUAAACUAAAAAAAAAAAGGCGAUGAAAAUGGGCGGCACUAUUGGAGGGCAAACGAACCCACUGGAGUCUAUCGCCGCAUACAACAACUUCCUUUGUACCUACGGCCUGCUACAUAGGGAAGGAAGUCUUCCGAGCGAUGCCAUCCAACGUGCGACCAGCAUGUGGUGCAACUUCACGCCGGAGCAGCAGAUGAGCUUCGCGUACCAACCAAACGAUUUUGAAUAUGAAAUACGUUCCGAAUGUGUCCAGCCUUUACCGAAGAGGGGACCAGAGAAAAAGGCCAUGCUCAAGGUCAAGUCUCCGGCCGCCAAGUGUAGAACUAAGAAGAAAGCCACUGCAACAGCGUCGAAGAGAAAACAGGAGUUGAACAUACCUAAGAGGCAAAACAAGGCCUGUAUAAGGGUCAAGCCUAGUGGCAUGACGCUCGAUGAACUAUCGAAAACUGGGUUUCAAAAUUUCUUUAAGCAACUCCGAGAGCGACACAGCCAAAUAACGGAGGCAGAAAUAAUAAAGAAAGCCGCCAGAGCCUGGUGCGGCAUGAACAAGCGACAGCGCCAAAGCUUCCUCCGGUGAGGGGAAUCCCGUUAGAUCAUGUCUCUUGCCCACUCCGACGCCGCUCAAUCAAUGCACCGGGCACGGCCGCUUGUCACGAGAGAAUCCACUUUGGAAUCAAGCUUAGCCAAGCGGUUACACAAUCGCCGCCAGUUCCGCGCCCCGAACACAUGUACUCCAGCACGCAACGGGCAGCACGGAAGUCCGACGGCCGAGAGCCUCCGAGCCCGGAGCAACAGUCGCCGGUGGAAAACAAACAGAGCCAGAAGCAGAGCCACAAUCAUUCACAUUUAAAUUAACAUUUCCCGCCGCCGAUUAUCCUAAUUGGGAGCUGGCCUUAGCCUAGUCAGUAGUCGUCGUCCUGGUCGCAGAUGUGGAGCACUCGGUGCUCGGCACUCGGCAGUCGCCGUCAACAUUUCUCAGGCGCAUUCACUCUGGUGACGGCACGCGAGUCUGUUGAAAAAUGGAUUUAAUGCGAGGCAAAGCAAGCGAGGCCUCAUAAAAAUAAAAUGGAAAUUAAUCUUA